AAAACCCUAUCCAUAAAAAUAAUAAUAAUAAGGGAGCAAAGACCAAUAAGGCAAGCAAAUUUGUUUAUAUUCUUUCCUUAACGCCGCGCCUAUUCUCUGAAACCCCCUCUGCACGCUGUAAAUUCCUCUGCAAUACUUUUCUUCCCUCCAUAAAAAGAUCUUCAAAAUCUCUCUGUUAUGCUUUUCUUGUGUUGAAAUCAUUGAACACAGUGACAAUGGAGGACAAGAACAGGCCACAGUCAUCUGGAGAUCUCGAGAGCGGAGGAGGAGGAAGGGCUCUUUAUCCAGACCAGCCUGUAUACGAAACCCCACUGAGGUGGGCCUUCAUAAGAAAAAUAUACACAAUUCUGAGCCUUCAGUUGCUUCUCACCAUUGCUGUGGCCGCUGUCAUGGUUUUUGUUCACCCGAUUGCUCAUUUCUUUGUCUCCACUGCAGCAGGUCUUGCAGUAUACAUAAUACUCAUCAUUUGCGCCCUAGUCUUGUUAUGCCCUCUGUCCUUUUACGCGCAGACGCACCCUGUAAAUCUUAUUCUUCUGGCCCUUUUUACGCUUUGCAUCAGCUUUUCUGUUGGAUUGACUUGUGCUUUCACCAGCGGAAAAGUGAUACUUGAGUCAGCGAUUUUAACCGCUGUGGUUGUGGUGAGUCUGACGUUAUAUACAUUCUGGGCUGUAAGGAGAGGCCAUGAUUUCAGUUUUCUGGGGCCCUUUCUCUUUGCUGGAUUGACGGUGCUUCUGGUUUUCAUAUUAAUUCAGGUUAUCUUUCCAUUAGGAAAAUUGUCCAAGAUGAUAUAUGGGGGAUUGGCUUCAAUAUUAUUCAGCGGUUAUAUUAUUUAUGAUACUGACAAUUUGAUUAAACGGUAUUCAUACGAUGAAUAUGUUUGGGCUGCAAUAUCCUUGUACUUGGACAUAAUCAACCUAUUCGUGUCAUUGCUCACACUCCUUAGUGAAGCACAAGAUUAGUAGGAAACAUUUAGUGGCAACAAAUUUAAUUGUAAAGAGAAUGUUGUGGGGUGCGAUGAUAUGUACAUGUUUCAUCGUGUAAAUUUGAGAAGCAUAUGUUUGAGAGCCAAAAGAGAGUAAUCAAAUACAUGUUUUUAGUGUUUUCAUUUAAUUUUGUUUGUAUAAUGCGAGGGAUUAUAAAUUACCAAAUAAAUCAUAAGGGUUUCAUUCUAAUGUUUGUUAUGAAAAUUAGAGGAGUAUUCCUAAGAUA